AAGAAAUCCAUAAAGAACAUGAAUCUAUCAUCUGUCCAACACAAAUUGAAGAAAUGGCUUUCCUUUAACUUUGCCGCGAACACAAAUUGGGCAGCAACUUUAUUUCACUCUCCAAAACUGAAAUACUUCAACCGCCCUUCCACUCAACCACCGGUAACCAUGGCGGAUCAACACUCCAUGAAUUUGAAACCCUCUAAUCGAUUUUUGGGGAAACGGACAAUUUUUUAUGAUGAUGAAGAAGAACAAACCCUAACCCUAAAUCGCUGCACUGUUGGGAGCAAUUCUUCGAGCUCCAAUCAAUUUACAUCAUCUCAAUCGUAUUCGUAUAAGAGGCAUACCAAGUGGAAAAGUAGAAAGCUAGAAUCUUCAAAUACGCAGGAUUUUCGAAAUUGGAGUUAUUCGGCGGAUUGUGAUCCUUAUGAUAUUAGAGAUAAGAUUAUCCUCGUAUCAUACAACAUUUUAGCCGUGGAAAAUGCAUCAAAGCAUCCUCAUUUGUAUUUAAAGGUUCCAUUCAAGUACGUGAAAUGGGAGCACCGGAGGGCAGCCAUACGCAAAGAGUUAGCUCAGUACGGUCCUAGCAUCCUGUGUUUUCAGGAAGUUGAUUGUUAUAGUGAUUUACAUGAUGCCCUUCAACAGGAUGGAUUUGAAGGUGUUUUAAAGGCUCGCACUGGUGAUGCUCGGGACGGAUGUGCGAUAUUUUGGAAUUAUAAACGGUUUAAACUUCUGCAUGAGGAAAGCAUUGAAUUUCAAAGCUUUGGUUUGCGUGACAAUGUUGCACAAUUCUGUGUACUGAAGAUGAAUGAUGAUCGAUUGAAUCCUGAUUCGAAGAUGUCCAAGCCUAGAUGUCUGGUUGUCGGAAAUAUACAUGUUCUUUUCAACCCAAACCGAGGGGACAUCAAGCUAGGACAGAUACGUCUGUUUCUGGAAAAGGCACACAGACUCUCAGAAGAAUGGGGUGGGAUCCCUGUUGUACUUGGUGGUGAUUUUAAUAGUGUUCCUCAGAGUGCUAUGUAUCAGUAUAUAUCCUCUGCAAAGUUGGAUGUUUUACAACAGGAUCGAAAAAGAAUAUCUGGGCAGAUUGAGAAGCCACUAUGUCACUCUUUUUUAACCAAGGGUACAUUCAGGCAAAAGCGAUUGACAUAUACAUGGACUGACGAAGAAUUGAAGCUUGCUACUGGCAGUGAGGAAGUCACUUGUCUACAACAUAGCCUAAACCUCCGCAGUGCAUAUCUUGGUGUUCCUGGGACUGUCACAACAAGAGAUAAUCUCGGAGAACCCUUGGUAACAUCAUUUCAUUCCAAGUUCAUGGGAACUGUGGAUUACAUAUGGCACAGUGACCAACUUGUUCCUGUCAGAGUUCUUGAGACACUACCUAGGAAUGCAUUGGAAAAAAUGGGAGGGCUUCCCAGUAAGAUUUGGGGCAGCGACCACCUAGCAUUGGUGUGCGAAUUUGCUUUUGCCAAGAAUGAAGCUUAAAAGAGGUAGCAGCUGCUGCCUGCUGGCACACUUGUUCCCAAAUGGAGUUGCAACCACCAGACUUGGAAAAGUUUGGUAAGUCUAUUUGGUUUCCCCCAAUGAAAUUCUCAAGCAAAUGAACUAUUGGAUGAUUGUGAUUCAAUCACUCUUUUAGAAUGCCAAGUUACCGAGCUGUUAAGUUGUCUGAGGAAACAGAAUAGGAUGAAGAAGGGGGGGUCAAAUCACGAGGACGAGCAUUUCGGCACUGAGUCAAUGGCAGCUAGCAUGGGUUGAGAAGGUUGGGCAUAUGACUGGAUAUUUACUUAAUUAAGGCUUAGGCAAAAAAGUAUACAUGGGUUGAGAAGGUUAGGAAUAGAGAGGAAGAGACAGAGUGCAAAUGGGAAACAUACCAUAAGAGGUGUGAAUCAAACUCAAAGAGAUAUCCCAAGUGAUACGGAGCAAUAAAAAAGGUACGGAGGAACGAAGAAGUUCCAUUUGAGUAUAUUCAUGGUCCUUGUAGGCUAAUUUAAUGUCAUUUUUGGGUUGUUCUUGUUGAUGUCUGAUUUGAUUAUUGAGGUGAAUUUGCCAUAUUUGACCAUGUGA